AUGGCGUCUUGGGUCAUUCGGCUGACGAAGGCCGAUAGAGAGAAAACUCCGUUGCUGGUCAGAGUUUCUCAGAAAGAAGGCGGACAUGACCUGGACCUGGAUCUGCUCGCUACAGAUGGCGACGCCGCAUAUCUUGGAAAGGUGCGCCAACGAAACCUCAAGAAAUUGCGAGCCAAAGCCUACGAUGGAAGUGAUGAUGACUGGACCGCAGUCUUGUCGUAUCUCUUCAGAUGCAAAUCAGGACGAAGCCUCACUGCGACAGAGAAGACCAGCCUUGAAGUAAAAUGUUCAGUAUCCGGCAAAGAUCCUAGAAGCACGCUGACCAUAUCCCUACUCAACAAAAUUGAGGACAUCACGCAGCAAUUGGGCGCGAUUGAGUUGCCUCAAACUGAAGACACCGAUGAGAUUGACCUAUUUGGUUGGGCAGUCCAAGUCGUCGACGAAAGAGAUGAGCUGGAGAACAGCACCGAGGAGUUCCAAGAGAAGGCAAAAGCUAAGGAUGAUAUCGUCGCAGCUCUUCAAGAGCAAAUCGAUGAGUUGGUCAAAACAAAGGCCGAACACGAACAGCAGCUUCUGGCUAAAUUUGCUGCUCUCUUGAACGAGAAGAAGUUGAAAAUCCGCAACAUGCAGCGAGUUCUUACUACAGCGCAGGCAGAUCCCACCAAACUCAAAGAAAUCCGGGCAAGGCAAAGAGACGCAGCUCCAUCGCGCACACGACGAGGGACAAAACGACGGGCACAGCAAGAAGAGACAGAAGAGAGCGACGACUUUGAGAACAUGGAUGUUGAUGAUGUGGUCAACAACCCAGAUGAACCUGUAUCUCCCGAAUCGGGGCAUUCCACCCCCUCGCCAGAACCGGAUGAGACCGCAAGUGAAGAUGAGGACGAAGAUGUUCCCCCAUCCUCACACCUUCGAUCCCGCACGGGAGGUAAAGAGUCUACGAAAGGAGAGACGCCAAUUACUUUACCUCCUCGACGGGAGUUGCCUUUUGCCAGCCAGGCUACAGGCAAAGGUAAAGAAGUGACAAACAGACCUGAGAGAGCGCCUGCACCUGUUGCGUCCGCGAACGAGGAAGACGAAGAAACGGCCAGCGAAGAUGAUGAGUUAUGA